CAGCGGCACACACCCACCGGUGGAAAGGAGCCAACGGGGCGCUGCCCCCCGGGUCCGCUCCGGGAAAUUCCCCGGCAGCUCCCGACAGGGAAUAAAAGCACGGGAGGGAAAGGGGGCCGCCUCGCCGACUCUUGCACCCUCUCCGCCGCCAGCAUCAGCCAUGAAACCGCACCUCCGCCUCCUCCUCCUCCUCCUGGCCGUCGCUGCUCUAUGCCAAGGUGCGCCGCUGGCCGGGGAGCUGCGCUGCCGCUGCGUGCGGACCGUGUCCGAAGUGAUCCCGCCGCGGCGCCUGGCCCGCCUGGAGUUCCUUGCCGAGGGACCGCACUGCGCCGUGCCCGAGGUCAUAGCCACGCUGAAGCAGGGACAGCUGGUCUGCCUGGACCCCGCCGCACCCUGGGUCAAGCUCCUGGUCACCAGGAUCCUCCGCAGGUACCUGCCCGGCCAGCUGUCGCCAGCACUCGGGGCAAAACUUAUUUUGAAGGGGUUUACCCCAGAGUAAUGAGCCACAUUCUGUUAUUGAUUCCUGUAGGAAAAUUCUGCUUAGUUACACCAAAAGUGUGUCCAGAAAGCGCUUCUUUGUUGGGGAAGAGACAGCCCAGCAGGUUGUCAGGGAGAGUAUCCAUAAGAAAUGCCUGAUUAAUUGGAAAUCUAGCCACAGUAUGUUCCAUCAUCACCAUCAGGCAUCUUUUCCACACCUCCUAUGGGAUUUAGUAUCUCGUGUAUGCAAGAAAACUUAUUGAGUUUUCCUGGCUGGCUUUACAAUUUGAAUUCUGCCUAUUGCAGUUCAUCCACCAAGCCCUGAGUGAGGGAAGGAGCACCUUGGAAUGAAGCUACCUGCUUGCCACAAGAUACCAGGAAACAGAUGCUAUGAGACCACAAUAGCUCAGCUCUCUAGUUUUGAUGGGUUUGUAGAUCAGAUGUUCUAUUUUUCAUUCCCUCUCCUCAUAUUUGUUAUUGCCUAAUCCUAUGAAUGGUUUUAUUGACUGAGAUAAAGUGAUUGAAUCCAUUUGAUAAGACAAUGGAAGCUUUGCUGGACGCCUCUCAGCAACCUUCUCAGAACUUGCUCCACCUUUGUGCCAGCUCCUUCUUGCCAAAUACUGCUUGCUAAUAAGUUCCUAUAAAACAGCCUUAAUAUCUGAAAAGAAGAUGGGCCCAUCAUGAAGAUGAGUUUGCAAAUGUCCGCAGAGAGUGUGCCAUGAGGGGUUUGAAUGGAUUGUGCCGAUGAUUAGGGGUAAUCCUUCCAUCAGGAAUAUCAAGAGUGCUGUCUGGCACUUAAUAUUUCAGUGCCUGUUCAGGAUUACAUGGGAAUAAAAUCUGGUUCAGGCAAGAAUGUUUUGCUGAAUCUCUUUUUCCUACUCCAACUCUCCAGCCUUUAACGCAGAACACCUCAGACCUUUUUGCCCAAUGUACUGUCUAAUGCAAUCACAGAUUUCCCCCUGAAGUAUUUUUUCCCCUAUUCAAUACUUAGAGGAGUUUAAUAAUUUCUAUGAAAUUGCGGGCAUUUGUGCCAUGACUGGUUUGGUUUUUAACCAGAUAAUGUUGAGGAUGGUUAGUUGGUUUGUUUUUAAAUUAAUUUACAUUACAAUAUUUGGUGUUUAUGCACAAGAUCUAAAGGAACAGUAAAUGUUCCGGAGAGACUUAGACAUUUUAUGUCUACUUGUAUGACAUAAUGUCAUAACUCAUAAAGAAUAACUAAUUUUCAUUAUUCUGCUGUGGAAAAUUGUAUGUAGAGAGGUGGAUUUCUCAUGAUAAUGUAAUGAAAUAUAUGAUGCAAUAAAGGUGUUUUCCUGUUGAAAAAUA